AUGAGACGCAUCCCAAGCGCCGCACUCGUGGCAUUGCUGGGCCCGGGAUGGCUCUUUGCGCUGCCACGGUCUUCCUUGAGAGCCACAAGUUCUUUAGAACUCUCGCCCGUGCAUACGGAGUUCCCUCGUGCCCUUGCGAAGAGUGCGCAUAUCGACUCAGAGGCGGUGGAAACAGCCUGUGCCGCGCUUGCGGUGAAUGUCCUUAAAGGCAAUGUAGAUCAGGUGGACGCUUUGAUGGUGGUGCUCAAGUCCAUGAUGCCUCCCAUUGAGGGAGCUGAAAAGGUCCGAGGGCCGCCGCCUGAAGCGACACUGGAGAAGUCGGAGUUGGUUUGGUCGGAGCAUGACUACAUGUCAGGCCCCCAAGAGAACCUCCGAGUGUUGCAGAGCUACGAAGCUGAAUAUGCUCGACGAGUGGCUUUCGCCGAAGAAGGCUUUCGAGAUCCAAAAGUUCUAGCAGGUGCAUUGGACUUGGCAGUGGCCUAUCUGAAGAACUACGCGGUGGACAAAGCCGAUGCCUUGUAUGCGGCUACAAAGCCUUUCUGUAUGGAAAGGGGACUGCCGUGGGAUGUGAAAUGGUUACAAGACUGUGCCACACUGCGGUGCAAGCAGCAAAGGAUGCCGGAGGCGGCUGUGAUGUUGGAGGAAGUGGCAAAGCGCACACCUCCACAUCCAGCCACUCUGAAUAACCUUGGCACUGUCUAUAACAUGAUGCGGGAUCAUGAGAAGGCUCAGGAGUACUUCAUCGCUGCCCAAGAGGUCGCUGGUCACGAUCAGCCAGAUAAGAACGACCUUUGGAACAUGGGAAUUGCCAAGAAGCAUUUGGGCUACUAUGAUGAAGCCCUGCCCAUGCUGCUGAAGGCUUUAGAGGCAUGGAAGGUCGAGGAGCCGGAUGAUGACGUGACCAUUGCAAAGCUCCAUGACACGGUGGGAAGCUGCUUCGACCUGAUGGGCAGAUAUGAGGAAUCCGUGGAGCAGUUUGCGUCUGCGCGAAUGCUCUUCGGCCGGAGCAUUGGGGCCGACAGCCCACUUUAUGGCAGCGCGUGUGAAGGGCUCACCAAAGCGUUAAUGCACGCUGGCCGCUACCAAGAAGGUUUUGAUCGCCUGGAGGAGACCUUCCUCAAUCAGGCUCAAAAAGAUGCCAUCCAUCCUACACCCGUCUUUGAGCUCUUGGGCCUGGCCCUCGAAGAGUUUGUCGACAAGGGUGGGAUGGAUGUUCUCGAGCUCACUCGUUUGGAGAAGCCCAUGGAGAUCGCGGUGAAAAACAUGGUCUACCGUGGCCUGGACCAAGAUGGGAAUGCUGGCGUGGUUUUUGAGCGCAUGGCACAGGUCUUGUUGCGCUGUAGUAUGGCACAGGGCGAUGAGCAAAGACAGAAGGAGUGCCACAUGAAUUGA